UUUACCGUUGCUUUCGCGCGAAAAUUGCAAAGAAUUUGUGUUAAAACGUAAUACUUGGAAAAACUCAUUUUUUUCCCUGUAUUAACGAAAAACGGGUAGUCGGCCGCCAUGCCGCGUAAAAGCCAGAAAAGUCAGAAAAACUCUGUGGAAAUUGUUUCGCGCAGUCCAUCUCGGAGUCCCGCCCCUGCGUUGUCCCAAGAAAAGCCACCAUCCGUUGUGGAUACUCGAAAAAUUAGAGCAAUUAGCGAAAUUAAGAAGCCACCAGUCGAGGCUUCCAAGAUGGCGGACAGUUGCGAUCGUUUGCUGGCAAGGGCAGCCGCAGUCGCAAAACUUCCAGUGACGCCUUCCAAUAAGAGUGAAGCCAACCAACUGGAAGUCGGCCAAACUCGUCGAUCGAGGGAGAGGGGAGAUGCAGAAGCAAAUAUUCCGACCGCGGUUCCUGUGGUCGCCACGAAGGCUCAAAAAAGAAGUGGGACUCCGUUGUCAUCGACUUUUUUCGAGGCUUACAACAAGAAGGUGAAGAUUAUGCCUCCGCGUUUUGAUAAUUCCCAGCCAAAGCUACCUGUGGUGGUUGCGGGUUCCAAACAAUUGGAAGGGAAAUCUCUUAAAAAAUCGGACCUUAAACUAAGUCAAGGAAAGGAAAAUGCUAAGAGAAACGAGAAUACUGCAGACGUCAAGGGUGGCACAGGACAUGGCCAGGGUACAGCUCCCAAGCCAGCUAGCUCUGUGGCAGACAUUGAAUUAGCAUCCUGUGAAUCAAUGGAGAGCUCCGCCAAAGGAAUGCUCACAGCUACGGGCAACGAUAAAUAUUACCUCGAACAGUUCCAUAAGUUUUACGAGGACUACAGGGCUUGCAAUAGGAAAAUUGCCCAGCGUUUGCUCAAAUUGGAAGUCAGUAAUACCGAAAAACACUAUGAAAACAUGUCACUGAAUAGUCGGCUUAAUAUUAUGAUAGACAAGAAGAAGAAUCUGGAGAACAAGCUGGAUCAGCAAGCUAAGCUGAACGCAGAGGUUCACGAGAAGUAUCUAGACGCUCUAAAGGCGCGUACAACCGUUGAGAAGAACGGCAAAAACCAACUUCAAUUGGCCAAUUCACUUAUUGACCAGCAAAAGGAAGAGCUUGACAAAAAGCAAUCGGAAAUCGACACUCUCAGGGCUGAGCUUAACAACAUCCAAGAGGCUAAUCUCGGCAUGACAAGUGUUCUGAACGACAUCCAGGUAAAAUUGAAGCAUACUGAAGAGACUGUCGCAAACCUUUUGAAUCAAAAUAAUAAGCAAGCGGCAGAGUUGGACGAGCAAAAGCGUAAAAUGCAAGAUACAGUUGCUGAACGGGAAGUUUUGGAGCGUCGAAGUGCUCAGCUAGAGUCCGAAUUAAAGGAAAAGGCGCAGGAGGUCAAUAAGCUUAACCAACGUCAAGUAGACUUCGAAGAGCUGCAGUUGCAGAAUGACAAAAUCACAAAUCAGCUUGAAUGCAGCCGAAAUGAAAAGGCAAAAUCCAGAGCUCCCUCAAUGGGCGCAUAAAAUUGCUAGAA